UUCUUUGUCACUCUCAUUCUGCCUUUCUUUCCUCUAUUUAAGGGUUUCGAUUUACUUUAUCCUCCACGGUAAUCCCUGAAAAAUCAAUAAGCAGGAAAAAAAAUUAAUGGUGGGAUCAUCUCAAUUUCCAGUUUUCUAGAGCUAUAAUCUAUUCUUUCAUCAGUUGUUUCCAUUCUUUAACUGAUCGCCUUUCAAAUUUUCAAUUGUGAUCUAUAUUUCUGGGUACGAACUUUAGCUUCUCUUUUGGUUCAAGUUUCUAACUUUCAAUUCCAACUGGUCUCACACCUCUGUUUUCCACUGUUUUUCUACUUUUCUGAAAGUUCUUAAGCAAUUCCUCUAAGAACUAGAACUGCAACGAUGGCAACCAUGGUUUCUGUUGCUUCUCCUGAGACCCAGCCACCACAAAUCACUCCUUCAAUUCACCCAACCAAGGACCCAGCAACAGAGACCUUCAUUUUUCGGUCCAAACUCCCAGACAUCCCCAUAUCUAACCACCUCCCUCUCCACACAUUCUGUUUUGAGAAGGUGUCGGAGUUCUCAGACAGACCCUGCUUAAUCACAGGUUCCAAUGGCAGAAUCUACACCUUCGCAGAAACCCAUCUCAUCUGUCAGAAAAUAGCUGUUGGUCUAUCGAAGUUCGGCAUCAAGAAAGGCGACGUGAUCAUGGUCCUCCUCCAAAACUCACCUGAAUUUGUCUUCUCCUUCAUGGGUGCAUCAAUGCUUGGUGCAGUAACUACAACCGCCAAUCCUUUCUACACUCCAGCAGAGAUCUACAAACAAUUCUCCACCUCCRGCGCCAAGCUCAUCAUCACCCAAUCCCAAUACGUAGACAAGCUCAAAGAUCCCAGCCAGAAAUUCCCCAAAAUCGGGGAGGGUCUUACAGUGGUCACCGUCGAUGACCCACCAGAGAACUGCGUUCAUUUCUCUGUUAUUUCCAACUCCGACGAACGGGAGCUGCCAUCAGUAUCAAUUGAUCCAGACGAUCCAGUUGCACUCCCGUUCUCUUCAGGGACGACCGGAUUUCCGAAAGGUGUUAUCUUGACCCAUAAGAGCUUGACCUCAAGCGUGGCUCAGCAGGUGGAUGGAGAGAAUCCCAAUUUACAUUUGAAGACAGAAGACGUUGUUCUCUGUGUUCUUCCCCUGUUCCACAUUUACUCUUUGAACUCUGUUCUCCUCUGUUCUCUGAGAGCCAGGGCGGCAGUUCUGCUGAUGCAAAAAUUUGAGAUUGGGGCACUAUUGGAUUUGAUCCAGAGGCACCGGGUUACGGUUGCCCCGGUUGUUCCACCGUUGGUUUUGGCAUUAGCGAAGAAUCAAAUGGUGGAGAACUUCGAUCUUAGCUCCAUUCGGAUCGUAUUGUCGGGUGCUGCUCCACUGGGUAAGGAGCUCGAGGAAGCUCUUCAUAGCAGAGUCCCUCAGGCUGUCUUCGGGCAGGGUUAUGGAAUGACAGAGGCCGGGCCAGUGCUGUCCAUGUGCCUUGGGUUUGCGAAGCAACCCUUCCCAACCAAGUCUGGUUCAUGUGGCACCGUUGUGAGGAAUGCGGAGCUCAAGGUCAUCGACCCAGCAACUGGUGCAUCCCUCCCGCACAACCAACCCGGCCAGAUAUGCAUUCGUGGACCACAGAUCAUGAAAGGAUAUCUAAAUGAUCCAGAUGCCACAGCAUCCACCAUCGAUGUUGAUGGCUGGCUCCACACAGGCGACAUAGGCUAUGUAGAUGAUGAUGAAGAGGUCUUCAUUGUUGAUAGAGUCAAGGAGCUCAUCAAAUUCAAAGGCUUUCAGGUCCCGCCAGCGGAGCUUGAAGCCCUUCUUGUGAGCCAUCCAUUCAUUUCUGAUGCUGCGAUUGUCCCGCAAAAAGAUGCUGUCGCCGGUGAAAUUCCAGUUGCAUUCGUCGUCCGGUCAAAUGGUUUCGAUCUUACAGAGGAGGCCGUGAAAGAAUUUAUAGCCAAACAAGUGGUAUUCUACAAGAAACUUCACAAAGUAUACUUCGUCCCUGCAAUUCCCAAGUCUCCAUCCGGAAAGAUUUUGAGAAAAGAUCUUAGAGCCAAACUUGCCGCAGCCUCCCAGCAGGAAAUUAAGUUACUGUAAUGGCUUAAAUUUGUAGCCCUACAUCAAGGCCUCAUGACCUGUUAGAGGCGAAUUCAAAUGGGGAGAAGGUAGAACAGGCGGUUUGAAAAAGAAAGCCAACAGGGAGAGUAAAAUUGAAGGGCCAUCCAAUAUUGUGUUACUAUUGUUCUUAAUUGUCUUUAGAUUGUAACUCCAUGUUGUGUUUCCAUAAUAUUUUCUUAUAAUAAGAGAGGAAAUUUGUUCCUCUGAAAUGAUUAUAUUACUUGCAAAAGGAAAACAAUAGUCAA